GUACAGUAAGUCACCGGCUGCAGGCGGACACGCAGUCAACAUGAAGGCUUCAAGUUUCUUUACUUUUACCUUUGUUUUUGUGUCCGCAUUAACUGCGGCUUUUCCCCUCACCGAGCAAGACGAAGCUCAUUUCAAGUCAUGGAUGGCACAGUACAACAAAAUGUAUGACUUGGAGGAGUACUACCUGAGACUUCAGAUAUUCACAGAGAACAAGAGGAGGAUUGACAAGCACAAUGAGGGGAAUCACUCUUUCACAAUGGGGCUGAAUCAGUUUUCUGACAUGACUUUCGGUGAAUUUAGGAAAUCCUUUCUCUUGACUGAGCCACAGAACUGCUCUGCCACCAAAGGAAACUACUUAAGCAGCAACGGACCGUAUCCGGACUCAAUUGACUGGAGAAAGAAGGGAAAUUACGUGACACAUGUGAAGAAUCAGGGACCUUGUGGGAGUUGCUGGACUUUCUCUACCACCGGUUGUUUGGAGUCGGUUACAGCCAUUGCCACUGGGAAACUCCCACUACUGUCAGAGCAACAACUGGUGGACUGUGCCCAGAACUUCAACAACCAUGGAUGUAACGGCGGUCUUCCCAGUCAAGCAUUUGAGUACAUCAAGUACAGCAAAGGACUCAUGACAGAGCAGGACUACCCAUACACAGCUGAGGAGGGUGAUUGCCAGUAUAAGCCUGAACUGGCAGCUGUUUCUGUUAAGGAAGUGGUGAACAUAACAGCGUAUGACGAAAUGGGCAUGGUGGAUGCAGUCGCCACACAUAAUCCGGUCAGCUUUGCCUUUGAGGUGACCUCUGAUUUCAUGAGUUAUCGAGACGGUGUGUACAGCAGCACUACAUGCCACAGCACCACAGACAAGGUGAACCAUGCAGUGCUGGCUGUUGGGUAUGGUCAGGAGAAUGGGAAACCAUACUGGAUUGUGAAGAAUUCAUGGGGCACCGGCUGGGGGAUCCAGGGAUAUUUUCUCAUUGAACGUGGGAAGAACAUGUGUGGACUGGCUGCCUGCUCAUCUUUUCCUGUGGUGUGAAUUGUUGAUGAUAUCAAGCUGCAAAGGGCAGAAAAGGGAGAUGGAAGCUGAGAUUUUUUUUCCUUGAUUCCUGAUUUUUUUUUUUUUUUUUUUAAUGAACAAAUCAGUGGUGUCUGUUUGAAUAUUGACUACAAUCGUUUUUUCCAUCCUAACACUAAGUGAAAUAGUUUUGUGGAUGGAUCAUAUGAUUUUAUACCAACCAAUACCAAUAUCCUCCUAUAUAUCAUCUUUGAUCUUCAUCAAAAAGUCUACUUCAUUGAAUUGCUGCCUAAGAGGAACUGAUCAUUGUCAUGGUGUUUCUUGUUACCAUAUACAGUAAUAAAACUUUUUUACUCA